AUGAAGGUACAAAAUUUUUUUAAUUGCUUUAAUUUUGUGUUGGUUGGAUUAUCAAUAUUAUACAUUUUUGAUGUAUGUUUAAUUGGUAAUCAUGGAUUGUUUGUAUUAAACAUAUUAAAUAAUACAUGUAAGAAUGUGGAUAUAAGAAAAUCAUUAAUAUUAGCAGAAUGUUAUCGUGAGAAUAGUCCACAAGGAGGAAAAAAUAGAUAUUUUAAAGAACAAAAAGGAAAAGAAGAAAUUUCAUCAGAGGAAAAACAAAUGCAACCAAAUAAAUCUAGAGGGGUAAAUGUUUCUACAGGAACAAAAUUAGGAGCACCAUCAGGGUUAGAUUCCACAAAAGUAGCAAGGGGUGGAUCAGGAAGUGGUUCAAUAGUGGGAUCUGCAGAAGGAGCAAAAACUGUAUAUGCAGGAGGAUUAGGGGUAGGUUCUACAACAGGAGUAAAAACUUCAAGUGGGGUGGGACCUACAGUAGGAACAAAAAAUUUACCUGGAGGCGUAUCAGGAAUAGGUUCUACUACAGGAGUAAGAACAUCAAGUCAGGUAGGACCUACAGUAGGAACAAAAAAUUUACCUGGAGGGGUAUCAGGAAUAGGUUCUACUACAGGAGUAAGAACUUCAAGUGGGGUAGGACCUACAAUAGGAACAAAAACAUCAGCUGGAAGCGUACCAGGAAUAGGUUCUACUACGGGAGUAAGAACUUCAAGUGGGGUAGGACCUACAGUAGGAAUAAAAAAUUUAAAUGGAGGAUCAGCAGUAGGUUCUAAUACAGGAGUAAGAACAUCAAGUGGGGUAGGACCUACAGUAGGAACAAAAAAUUUAAAUGGAGGAUCAGAGAUAAGUUCUGGUGCAAGAGUAAGAACUUCAAGUGUGGUAGGACCUACAGUAGGAACAAAAAAUUUAAAUGGAGGAUCAGGAAUAGGUUCUAAUACAGGAGUAAGAACUUCAAAUGGGGGAGGAUCUACAGUAGGAACAAAAAAUUUAAAUGGAGGAUCAGGAAUAGGUUCUAAUACAGGAAUAAGAACUUCCAGUGGGGUAGGACCUACAGUAGGAACAAAAAAUUUAAAUGGAGGAUUAGAGAUAAGUUCUGGUGCAAGAGUAAGAACUUCAAGUGUGGUAGGACCUACAGUAGGAACAAAAAAAUUAAAUGGACGAUCAGGAAUAGGUUCUACUACAGGAGUAAGAACUUCAAAUGGGGGAGGACCUACUGUAGGAACAAAAAAUUUACCUGGAGGGGUAUCAGGAAUAGGUUCUACUGCAGGAGUAAGAACUUCAAAUGGGGGAGGACCUACAGCGGGAAUAAAAACUUUUCGUGGAGGGAUAUCAGGAAUAGGUUCUACGACAGGAGUAAAAACUUCAAGUGAGGUAGGACCUAUGGUAGAAACAAAAACUUUAGAUGGAGGAUCAGGGAUAGGUUCUACGACAGGAGUAAGAACUUCAAGUGAUGUAGGACCUACAAUAGGAACAAGAACUUUUGGUGGAGGGAUAUCAGGAAUAGGUUCUACUACAGGAGUAAGAACUUCAAGUGAGGUAGGACCUACAGCAGGAACAAAAACUUUAGAUGGAGGAUCAGGGAUAGGUUCUACGACAGGAGUAAGAACUUCAAGUGAUGUAGGACCUACAAUAGGAACAAGAACUUUUGGUGGAGGGAUAUCAGGAAUAGGUUCUACUACAGGAGUAAGAACUUCAAGUGAGGUAGGACCUACAGCAGGAACAAAAACUUUAGAUGGAGGAUCAGGGAUAGGUUCUACGACAGGAGUAAGAACUUCAAGUGAUGUAGGACCUACAAUAGGAACAAGAACUUUUGGUGGAGGGAUAUCAGGAAUAGGUUCUACUACAGGAGUAAGAACUUCAAGUGAGGUAGGACCUACAGCAGGAACAAAAACUUUAGAUGGAGGAUCAGGGAUAGGUUCUACGACAGGAGUAAGAACUUCAAGUGAUGUAGGACCUACAAUAGGAACAAGAACUUUUGGUGGAGGGAUAUCAGGAAUAGGUUCUACUACAGGAGUAAGAACUUCAAGUGAGGUAGGACCUACAGCAGGAACAAAAACUUUAGAUGGAGGAUCAGGGAUAGGUUCUACGACAGGAGUAAGAACUUCAAGUGAUGUAGGACCUACAAUAGGAACAAGAACUUUUGGUGGAGGGAUAUCAGGAAUAGGUUCUACUACAGGAGUAAGAACUUCAAGUGAGGUAGGACCUACAGCAGGAACAAAAACUUUUGGUGGAGGAUCAGGGAUAGGUUAUAGUGGAGAAAAAAUUUCAACUGGGGUAGGAUCUACAGAAGAAACAAAAAAUUUAGUUGGAGGAGGAUUAGGCGUAGGUUCUACAACAGGAGUAGGAUAUACAAUAGAAACAAGAACUUUAGAUGGAGGGGGAUUAGGAGUAGGUUCUACAACAGGAGUAAAAACUUCAACUGGGGUAGGAUAUACAGAAGGAGCAAAAAAUUUAGAUGAAGGAGGAUUAGGAAUAGGUUCUGUUAAAGGGAUAAAAGAUCCAACGGAAGCAACAGGGGAAAAAUUAGAAAAAGGUUAUACUAUCGAAAGAAAACCUUCAUUAAUAGCAAGAGGAAAAGAAUUAAGUGAUAAAAUUUUUAAAAAGCAAAAAGGGAAAGAAGCAAGUCCAGAUGAACUAGAAGAUCCAAGAGAAACAGGAGGAUCAUCAGAAUUAGAAGAUAGUAAAAGUUUAAAGGAAAAAUCAAUUCCUUCAUUAUCAAAGGAAGAAUCAGGUUCAUCGUCAUCAGAUUCAUCAGAUUCAGAAGAUGAAAAAAAAGAAAAACAAGAAAAGGGAGAAAAGGAAGAAGAGGAAGAAAAGGAAGAAGAGGAAGAAAAGGAACAUAAAAAGAAGAAAAAAAAAAAAAAUAAGAAAGAUGAGGAAAGUAAAAAAAAAGAGAAAGAUAAAAAAGAAAAAAAAAAGGAAAAAAAGAAAAAAAAAAAUGAAAAUAAAGGAUGGACGACAGCACUAAUAGGAGGAGUGGCAUCUGGAUUAGAAAAAGCAAUUGAAAAAAAAAAAGGGUGGAAGGGAGUGGCAACAGUCGGAAAAGAGGGGGCCUUAGCAGUUGCAUCAGAACUUGUGGGUGAAAAUGUAUUACCACAGGCAUUGAUUGCAGGGGCUUCGGCAGCUAUACAAGGAGCAAAGGAUGCAAUGAAUGAGAACAAAGGAUUUAAAAAGGUAAUAACAUCAGGUAUAUUAAAAGGAGCUUCAGCAAUAGCAAAAACAAUAAAUGAUUGA